UAUUUUUCGUAUCUUGUUUUGUCCUGAACCAAAAACUGUGUGUAACGAUAUAAAUAUCGAAAAACUUCAAUGGCACUGGACUUGAACAUCACCAAUAAUCCUGUGUGAACGAUGAAAAAUAACUCUCAGUGAAAAAAUCGUCAAUUGAACCUCAAAUAUGUUGAAUCAAGCAGUCGUUGAGGCACUCUACUCAGCCACAUACAUCGAGAAUUACCUGGAUUGCGUUGAAAAUCUUCCAAACGACGUUCAAAGAUAUGUGUCUCGUUUACGUGAGCUGGACGCCACAUGUCAGACAUACCUCAGGGAUGUCGACCAACAGCAGGAGCACCUCAAAGUUGACACCGAUGUGACGCAACGUCGACGAGCACUGCUGAGAGUCCAGCAGUCACUCAUAGCAGCUCAGGAAAUUGGAGAUGAGAAGCUCCAAAUUGUCCAGCAGAUUCAGGAUCUUAUCGAGAAUAAAACUCGUCAAUUGGACCUUGAUUAUCGUAAUUUAGAUUUCGGAAAAGAGCAGGAGAACAACGAUACGAAUCGUGAGGCCACAGCCACCACCAACUCCACAACGACAGGCAACUCCAACAUCGUGGAACGUCAGCCAAAACGUGCGAGAAGAACUCGUACGGACAAUCUCGCAGACUCCAGUGGAAUAGACAUGAUGGUGAUGUCAGAAAAUCGCUCGACCGGCUUAUCGAAUACGAGCAAUGGCAAUCAGAAGAAGACGACAGCAGCAGCAGCUGGCAAGAAGAAGAAACGAAAGUCUCGUCAGGGCAAUCAGCAGAAUCAGCAGCGAGAGGACACGCCACCUCCCAUAGACGACGACAUCCAGGUGGACCCAGACGAGCCGACCUACUGCCUCUGCGACCAGAUAUCGUACGGCGAGAUGAUCCUCUGUGACAAUGAUCUCUGCCCCAUCGAGUGGUUCCACUUCUCCUGUGUCUCCUUGAGUACAAAACCAAAGGGCAAAUGGUUCUGCCCGAAGUGCCGAGGCGACAGACCAAAUGUCAUGAAACCCAAGGCCCAAUUUCUGAAGGAGUUGGAACGCUACAACAAGGAGAAGGAGGAGAAAUCGUAGCAGGGACAGAAUCGUUGAGAAAUCAUUUAAGAAAAUGGUUUAGGUGAACAGGAUAUUUCGAGGAAUAAUUGGCCAUUCGGUGUCCAUUCCAGAGGAGAAGAAACAUCACUCUUGUUGAAAAGCACUAGAAAAUAAUCGAGGGGUAAUCACUCGUGAAAUUUGGGGUGUAAAUGGUAUUGAAAUCCCGUGAAAUUAUGUAAAAUAUUGAAUGAAAGCCGUUGAAGUAGCUGGGGUUCCAUGAAAUCCUGUGGAUUAUUGAAUGACAUUCUUUGAAAUAUCGUGAAAUGCCUUUCAAUUUCAGAAGCUUUGUGAAGAAAUUCACGAAUUCAGUAGAGAAGUCCAUUUUUUUACUCAAAAAAUGAGAGAAAAUAGAGUUUUAAUUUUUUUUUAUUGAUGACAUGUGGCUGUACAGGCAUAAAAUCUUUCAAAUAACCAUCUUACCAGGAUUUUCGAUGGAUUGAGUUGGAUUUUGGUUUCCACACACAUAAUAUAGUGACGAAAAAAAAAAUGAACUUUUUCGAAAAUUCAAAGUUUUUGAUUAUUUCCAUUUUUUGCUCAGAAAUGGUAGAGACAAUCAGAUUUUAGUAUUAUACAAACUGAAGCCCGUGAUACACCAAUAAAUUAUAAUUCUUUAAAAAAUUUUGAUCCUUUCUUUUGCAAAACUGCCAUAUUAAUAUUUUUUUUAAUUGUGGUUCAUUGGUGCGUCAUAGCCUUCAAUUUGCACCAUAUUAGAAUGUGAUUAUCUCCCCCAAUUCUGAGAAAAAAAAUCGAAAAAAUGGAAAAUUGACAUUUUUUUUAAAUGUCAUUGUUUUUUCGUCAUUAUAUUAUGUGUUUAGAAACCAAAAUUCAAGACAAUCCAUUGAAAAUCCUGGUAAGGGGCUUAUUUUAAAGAUUUUUUAAGUAUAAAAAAUAAUUCCCCCUAAUAAUUCUCCCUGCAACUUUCGAAUUUCACUUUCACCUGAGUUUUCGAAAAAUAUCUCCGAAUCUAAGCGAGAUAGCGAAACUUUCGUAGAAACCUUUUUUAUAGAUCUUAAUCUGUCCUACAAAAAAGGUUAUAACAAAAAUUUCGCUAUCUGGCUUAGAUUCCGAGAUACUUAUUAAAAAGACUAAUGAUCAAAAUCUAAUUGAACCAUUUUACCGCUUCACUACUGAAUUUCGCGACAUCUUUGAAAUUCUCAGCAAAAUUUAAUCGGUUUAGAUCAUGGAAUUGCCCAAUUUCUUGAAAGUAUAUGGAGUUUCUCAGAGUGUCUUUAAAAUCCUUUGAAUUUUUGAGGAUUUCUCAGGAUUUCAUGAAAUCUCAAAGAUUAUUUCAAAAUCCUUGAAAUAUUGAAUCUUGAAAUCCUGUACAAAUUGCUUCGGAGUGAUUACCCACUCGAAAAUAAUAAUAAUUUAUACACUGAGAGAUGAAUGGACUAAAAUCACAAAGCAAAUUUCUGGAGCCAACAAUAUCAUCUUUUGAUGAUAAACGUUUUGGGCCUAGAAUUCUGUAAAAUAAGACAGGCCAUCUACGAGUUCUGUGGAGUGUUCAUGACUUUAGCACGACCACUUCACGAUGAAAUGAGAAUUUCUUGACUCAACAGAUGGUGUCUUAUCGUGUCAGGAGACAAGGAAAUGAAUGAAAAUAGUAAAAGAAUUAUUUAUGGUAUUUAUGCGAUUUUCAUAGCUCAAGAAAUUCCUUCUGUGAUAUUAGCUCAUUUUUUCUCCCAGUGAAUGAUUUAAAAAAAUUCUGACAACCUAGUUGUCUCACAGCCUCACAGUGGCAGUAUUAUUUUACAUUUUCAAUUGAACAUAUGGAGAGUUCAAGGAGGAGGAUGUCAUGUGACAUUUAAAAUAUCCCGAUUGUAAAUAAGCAUUACAUGUAUUUUAACAGAUUCAUAACUUGAUUAACAUACUAGUUUUUUUUAAUUAAUUCAAUAAAGAUGUUGGUUUAAUUUCCUAAUGAAACGUAA